GGCAGAUUAACAGUCAUUCAACAGUUGCGUGCAUGAGAGUCAGGGAGGAGGUAAUACUUUCUCCUCACUCUCAGCUCACUUUCUCUGUUCAUUGGAAGAAGGCGUGCUGUCAGCUGCGGUGAGAGGGAUUUGCUGUGUUAUUUCCCAGGAUGGUGUUGGGCAUUGGAAUAUUUUCUAUUGUUUUUUGUGGUUAAUUUAACGCUGGUGUUAUUUUUCUGUUUUUCCAGAGUUAUGGAUAGUUGGUUAAAAUAGGAAGGCUCUUGUUUUUUGAAGCAAGGUGACAUUUUUAUUUAGUAGGUGUAAGCUUUUAUAGGCUGGUUCUGUUUAUGACCGAUUCUCAUCAAAAGGGAGCUCGAUUGAUUAUAGAAUUAUUUAGACUGCAUGUUUUUCUCUUUAAAGAUCAGAGUUCAUACAAAACAGUUAAUUGCGGGAAAUGUCACAGCUUUCGAAAAGGUCACAAUAAUGCCGUGUUCAAAGUUUCGCAUAUUCAUUCAAAACGUGACUUUGCUGUUGAGUCAUAGCACUCGCUUCUUGUUUUACUACACCACUCUUGAUAGAUUGUCGUUUUGCGUAUUCCCCAUUUCUGGCACUUCCUCUAUUGUAGAUAAGCUGUGAAGUGUGUCAACAGCCAGCUGGUGGGCAUAGACUGACUGGGGCUCAGGCUGGCUUUUUAGAGAGCAGCUAGCACAGACGGAGCAGAGCACAAAGACGCAGAUUUUUCAGGCUGGCUUGGUGAACCUGCACACUUGCUUUUUGUUUGUUUUGUUUUUUUGUUUUCUCUGGCGCCAGUCAGCAGAGUGCGAGAGGAAAUAUGUUUGAGUGAGUCUUGACACUGGAUGUCAGGUCCCUCUGCUGAUUGAGUGUUUAUGUGCAGUAGCUCGUCUUUCAAAUGAGCACCCUGUGGGCGGAGCUAGCGAUGGGAACUACUACAUUGCUGGAAUGUUUUGCUUGCUCUCGGCGAGUACGUUGGCUACCACGCCCUCUUCGCCUUGUGAGACCUUUUCAGCCAAUCCGCUGUUACCCUGAGACUGCGCCACCUCACUGCCAAUUCCCUCGCAUCAAUGGUCACUCCAAAUCAGAGCGCACUGCAAGGGACUCGGCCAUGGGUUACGACAGUGCCUCAGUAAUGAGCAGUGAGCUGGAGUCCAGCUCAUUUGUCGACAGUGAGGAAGAUGAGGAUGCUAGCAGGCUCAGUAGUUCCACAGAACAGAGUUCGUCUUCGCAGCUGAUGCGCAGACACAAACGGCGCAGACGGAGGCACAAAGUGGCAAAGAUCGACCGGUCGUCGUCUUUCAGCAGUAUCACAGACUCCACGAUGAGCCUAAACAUUAUCACCGUCACACUAAACAUGGAAAAAUACAACUUCCUUGGUAUCAGUAUUGUCGGUCAGAGUAAUGACCGGGGGGACGGCGGUAUUUACAUCGGCUCUAUCAUGAAGGGAGGAGCUGUAGCUGCUGAUGGCAGAAUAGAACCUGGAGACAUGCUACUACAGGUGAAUGACGUCAACUUUGAGAACAUGAGCAAUGAUGACGCUGUGAGGAUCCUAAGAGAGAUUGUUUCCAAAACUGGCCCCAUUAGUCUUACUGUUGCCAAAUGUUGGGACCCAUCUCCCCGAAGCUACUUCACCAUCCCUCGUGCUGAGCCAGUGAGACCCAUUGAUCCUGCGGCCUGGAUUUCACACACCACAGCCCUAACAGCACCUUACCCUCACUAUGAGUUUGAUGACUUGCCUCUGUCUGUAAGUAAAACAGAUAUGGCAACUAUUGUCAAAGUGAUGCAGUUGCCUGAUUCUGGCCUAGAGAUUCGAGACAGGAUGUGGUUGAAGAUCACCAUUGCAAAUGCUGUUAUAGGUGCUGAUGUAGUGGACUGGCUGUACUCCAGAGUGGAAGGAUUCAAGGAUAGGCGCGAUGCGAGGAAGUACGCGAGCAGUCUGUUGAAGCAUGGUUACUUGAGACACACUGUCAAUAAGAUCACCUUCUCUGAACAGUGCUACUAUACCUUUGGAGACCUCUGCCAAAACAUGGCCUCACUCAAUUUGAAUGAAGGAUCCAGUGGUGGAGGUUCUGAGCAGGACACUUUGGCACCACUACCUCCCACUAGCAACCCCUGGCCUCUGGGCGGGCAGCCAUUCCCCUACCCUCCUUUCCCCACUGCACCCCCGAGCUUUCCACCAGGAUACUCAGACCCAUGCCACAGUUUCCACAGUGGGAGCGCAGGCAGCCAACACAGUGAGGGAAGCCGAAGCAGUGGAUCCAACCCCAGCGCAGGCAAAGGUAGACGUUCAUCCCCACAGGAAAAGGGUCAAAGGUCAACAUGCAGUGAAUCAGAGCCAGGAAUCCGCGGAGGGCGGCGUGGUGACAGAUCUGCCAGUCAAAUGAGUCAUCACAGCCACGCCAUCUCUAGCCAAAGUCACGCAAGGUCAAGUCUCAGCCACAGUCAUUCACACAGGAGCCACCCUGUCACGCAGAACAACCACCCCCCGUUCACCUACAGCCACGCCGCCUUUAUUCAGCCAGGUCCAGGCUCCUGUGCCCAGAGCGAGCGAAGCCAUGCCUCCUCCUACGGCCCCCCAGGCUUGCCUCCCCCUUAUUGUCUGGCCCGUCUGGCCCCCAAGACCUCAUUCAACAGUAGCACGCCUCCUGGAGCCCCACCUGGGAGAGAGUUAGCAGCCGUUCCUCCUGAGCUCACCGCCAGUCGCCAGUCCUUCCAGCAUGCUAUGGGCAAUCCCUGUGAGUUCUUUGUUGACAUCAUGUGACAGAACAGUGCCUUUUAAACUCAGUGAGCACAAAACAGUUCUCCCUGAUCCCUUUCAACCCUGUUCUCCUUUUUCCUCUCAGUCUUUUGACCAUCUCUAAACUUCAGAAUGUAGACACUGACUGGCCCUCUCCACAGCCCCCUGCUGUCUGUCUGUCCCUCUGAUGUCCAAGCAAAGGAAUACAGGCAGCAAGAGCACAACAGGAGUAGUCCUCUCGCACACAAGCGGGGGUCCUCUGGCUGAAAACCCUCUUUUGUAUUGACGUGACGUGUACAGUUUGUGAAACGUGAGUGGUAUUCAGUGUACUGAUUUCUGUAAAGAUGCCAUGCAGACAUUUUUGGGAGUGUGUACUCUACCUAGGAUAUUUUCUGUUCUGCGCCUUUAAGCUGGCUGGGCCUGGAUCUCAAUCCCCCAGACCCAGGCCAAUAACUAUGGCCUAGGAAUCUUUUUCUGGGCAUAAAACUCGGACUGGAACACCUAACUCAUAUUUGUGUAUAAUGCUACAGUUUAGCACACUACACCAAACCUCUGGCCCCCCUCCCCUUACGUCAAGGCGCUGCCACUGGCUUAUUUAAGCUCUUACCUGCCAACUACUAAUAACGCUAACCUUGAUCAGUUCACGAUCCGAGGAUUUCCUUAGCUUCAUAAGGGAGACCCUGUAGCCAGCCUUUAGUUCGACUAGGCUGCAUAUUGCAUGACUGUCUCACCUGCUUUAAAGAAAACGUAUUCAUUCAUUUUGUUUAAAGUAUUACCGUUAUUUGGGGAGGAUGUUACCUCUUUCCAAUGUUCUAAAGGAAGAAUCCAUACACUGGAACAUUUUCGUGAUGUUAUUUAUGUGAUCCUUUUGCAUUGAUGGUGUCAUACUUUGUCUACUACGAAUGACUGACCGACAAUCAGGCAUCACUCUUUAUGAAACAGUGGCCAUUUCUCAAUGUCCUAGGUGUGCUUUGUCGAAUGUAUCAUUAUUUGUGUCAGUGAUUAAACCCUGACACCCAUAACACUUAGUUUAAACA